UCCAGUGCCAGCUUGAAGACUGCCAGGGGUCUAUUGGUAAUCCCCCUCAUGUAUGCUGAGAGGCAGUUGAACAGUCUCGGGCCCCUGACACUUAUUGUAUGGUCUCUUAACGUGCUAGUGACACCCCUGCUUUUCAUUGGGGGGAUGGUGCAUCGUCUGCCAAGUCUUUUGCUUUCGUUGUGAGUGAUUUUCGUGUGCAAGUUCGGUACAAUGAAAAACUAAAAGAAUUGCUUCUUGCCAGAGACAACUGUAGACCAGAUAACAUCCUUAUCCAGUCUGACUUACCGCUAACGAGAAUUCGAUGAGGCAAAUGCUAGAAAAUAACGUGGUGGACAAUAACUUUCAAAGCAAGAAAUAUUGCCCAUGGUGACGCUGUUCAGAUCACUUGUGUUGUCAUAAUGCCGUUCAACUUAUUUUUAUAAAUAUAAGUAAGCACAAAAACCAUAAGGGUCAUACAUCGCUAGUGCUGUUCAGCGCUGACAGCUCCAUUUACGCCAAUUUGGGAAAGACUGAUGGCACGGAACCAGGUUGAUUGGUAUCGCUGGUUAAGUGGUGCAUCAUUGGUACUGCUUGUGGCAGAUCUUGCACUUAAUUCCAUUUUCCAAGUCUUUUCACAUAAUACACUGUUGACCCUCCUUAUUUACAUCAUACAAGAUGUGUGUCUGGUCUUCUCACUCAUCAUACUUUUUCUGGCUUUGUUUUCUACAACUCUUUCUCAGGCUGGCCUUAUUGGUGAGUUGCUCCAAAAGUUCCAGUGGUGUAUUCUUGUGGCAAUAACUUACCUGGGCUUAUCAAUAGGUCUACACUCCUGGUCACUAGAACAACAAUGGCAGAAACCUGAGCUGUAUAUUUGGACUCAUGGAAUGGUUUCUUUCUUUAUCAUUCAGAGAGUAGUUGGUGGCCUCCAUUAUUAUCUUUACAAGCGCACCAUUCUACAAUUAUCAGACAAAAGGUUUUACUCCCAGUUACCAGAUAGAAGCUACAAAUAACAAAAGUAUUUGGUUUGCUAGUUACAUUUCUUACUCAUGGCAAGCAGUCUUAUUAGUUAUUGCUCCUUUUCUUAGUCUUACUUUCUCACCAUUUUCUUUAGCUUACUGUAAGUAUACUGAUUAAUAUUCUUAGCAUUUUUAUAACUGCAUGGAAAGACAUUAUAUAAUAUUUAUAUACUUUUCCUUAAUACUUAAAAACUACAGUAUGUAAUAAAAGGCAUACAUUACAUGCAAAAGCCUUGUUAUGGACACUUAACAUGUGCAAUAUGAGCAAAUAAGUAAUACCUGUAGAAUAAAAAAAAAAACUUUAUUAGAG